AGGGGAAGUCUUUUUGUAUUUCAGAAAAGUUAAACCUUCCUACCCGUUCCACUUUGCCAGGACGAAUCUCUGCAUUAACAACUUUUAACAGCCUAUAGGAAAGUUAAAAAUGGCAAUGGUAUCAGAGUUUCUGGGACAGCUGGCUCUCCACGCAGGGACCAGUGACCCGAAGUUCCCCACUGUGGUACCUGCUCUGGACUUUGACCCCGACAGAGAUGCUACCAGAAUAGAGAAUGCUAUCAAAACCAAAGGAGUGGAUGAGCAGACCAUCAUUGAUGUCCUAACUAAGCGGACCUACCCCCAAAGGAGAGAGAUUGCUUUUGCAUAUGAAAGGAGGGCGAAGAAGGACAUGAUCUCAGCCCUGAAGGGAGCGCUGUCUGGCCCUCUGGAAACAGUGAUGCUCGGACUGAUGAAGAGCACAGCCCAGUAUGAUGCCUCAGAGAUCAAAGGAUCUAUCAAGGGCUUAGGAACAGAUGAAGAAACGCUGAUUGAGAUUUUGUGCUCACGCAGCAAUGAUGAGCUGGUGGAGAUCAAAAGUGUCUACAAGGAGCUGUUCAAGAAGGACCUGGAAAAGGAUGUUGCAGGUGACACUUCUGGAAACUUUUGUAAGCUGCUCCUGGCUCUGGUGCAGACCAAGAGAGCAGAUCCAUCCAGUAUUGUAGACUAUGAAAAGAUCGAUACCGACGCCAGAGCGCUCUACGAUGCCGGAGUAAAGAUCAAAGGGACUGAUGUGACCACCUGGAUCUCCAUCAUGUCUGAGAGAAGUGUACCCCACCUGCAAAAAGUGUUUCAGAGGUACAAGAGCUAUAGCCCUUACGACAUGCAGGAGAGUAUUGUGAAGGAGGUCAAAGGAGACUUGCAAAGGUCCUUCCUGGUGCUAGUUCAGUGCUUCGAAAACAAACAGCUGUUCUUUGCCAAACAACUGCAUGAAGCCAUGAAGAGUAAAGGAGCCAAGGAGAAGGUGGUGACCAGAAUUAUUGUGUCACGCUGCGAGGUGGACCUGAAGAAGAUUUGCUCUGAAUACAAAGCCACCUUUGGCCAGUCUCUGCAAAAGACUAUUAUGGAGCACACCAAGGGAGACUACCAGAAGGCUCUGCUCAGCCUGUGUGGACCAGAAGAGUAAAAUGAAUGAUCGUAUCAAAAGGGCCUCGCUUUGCAGCACUGGAAAUGUGGGCUUAUGAAUAUAUCUCAAUGGGAUCAGACUCCAGAAAAAACAUAUCCUAACAUUUGAAUGCAGUGUUUUAGGAGAUAGCUGUUGCUUUUUCAUACAUGAAGAAUCUUUAUUACAGCUUACUUUUGUUAUACCCAAAAUGGCCAAUAAAAUUGCUCUGUUAGA